AUGUAUCAAAGGAAGUAUGCACUUGAGAUAUUGAAGAGGCGUGAUAUGGAGCAUUGUAGUGCUGUUAAUACACCAACUAAAGCAAGGUUACAACGGUCCAAAAGUGAUUAUGAGCAGAAUGUGGAUCUAACGCAAUAUAGAAUAUUGGUUGGAUCAUUACGUUACUUGUGUAAUAUGCGGCCAUAUUUGGCGUUUAGUGUCGAUAUUGCGAUAAGAUUUAUGGAGAGAUCGGAGGUGUCUCACUUGGAUGCAAUUAAGAGGAUCCUAAGAUACGUUAAAGGAACUCUUGGUUGUGAAAUUAUCUUUCUCGUAGUAGAUACAGCAUCAAUCUCUUGGUGUUCUAAAAAGGAACGGAUGGUUUCACUCUCUUCUUAUGAGACCGAGUAUAUCACUGCGUCGUUAUAUGCAUGCCAAGUUGUGUGGCUUAUGAAUCUGUUGGGAGAGUUGGGCAGCAAUGCUGGAGGAGCUUGGAAAAAACACAUGGAUGGUUUUCUAUUUAACGUUGGCUUCAAGAAAUGUGUUUCCAAACAUGAUGUCUAUGUGAAGACGGAUGCAAGUAAAAAUGUGAUCAUACUUUGCUUAUAUGCGAAUGACUUGUUGAUCACGAGAAGCAAUGAGUUGAGUAUUUCUAAGUUCAAGAGUGAACUUAUGGAAGAGUUUGAAAUGAGUGAUCUUGGAAUUAUGACCUAA